AUGGUACGAGACUUUAACUCUAGUUUGUCGAUACCACCUGAUGAGGCGAGAGACGGAUCGGUACCAGUCGGUAAGACGGCGGCGUUGAACAGCGGCGUUGGCGGCGUGGGGCGAUUUCCACCAGGCGCCGGUUAUGGGUUGGGUGGUGAGACAGGAGUGGAAGGGUCGCGUGAUAGAGAGCUGGAGAUGCUACGAGGAAGAGGCGGUGCGUCCACGCAUCCUGGUUACGCCAUGACCGCUCAGGCUCACGCGCAGGCCGCUGGCGCACAGGACGUGGAGCAAGCGGUGACGUGGCAGCUGGAGCAACAAGAUCUGGGAUCGGAUCUCAGAUCUCGUUUCGCCCAACGCGCCGCCGCGGAUUCCCCGUCCUCGCACGCUUCUUCCCUCGCCCACUUUCAAACCCGCUCUCCGCCUAUGUCUGAGGGACCUGCCUAUGCCGUGCCGCAUGCUGUAACCGAGAGCGUCGGGUUCGGGGCUGCUUUUGCGGGCAAUCUGGGGGGGUUUGGAAGCGGAUUGGAGCUAGGGGGAAGUGACGUGCGCGGAGGACAUGGCGCAAGCAGGGGGGAGUUUGGGGAGCCAUGGCUUAGCGGGCUACAUAACGAGACGGUCGGCACUAGCGACGGCCGGUUUGAAGGUGGGCGGUUGGAAGGUGGGAGGAUGGAAGGUGCGCGGCGAUUCUUGGAAGGAGAGGCAGGUUUUGGUGGCUCUAGAGCUGGUGGUGGUAGCACCAUGGAUGGUGCUGGCGGAGGUGCGGGAGGCUUGGCACGUGGGUUUUCUACAGGGGCUGACGUGUUUGGCUGGCCUGGCAGGCUGGACAAGCCUAGUGCGUAUGGUGGCAGAACAUCAGACUCCGGUUUCGCAUCUUCUUCCUCGUUUUCUUCCACUGUUUCCACGUCUGGUGCCGCGGCUGCUGUUGCUGCUGCUGCGGCUGCUGCAGAGCGAGCAGCAGCAGCGCCGGGGCAGCCAGAGAACAGGCGGCGCAUGGCGCGCGGCCCACGGAGCGAUGGGUCUGUGGAUCUGGAGCCUAUGUACACGGAGGAUCACCGCGUGCUCAAGGUCGAACGGUCCGAGGACGGGCGGGAGGCGUACGUGUGGGUGACGCUGCUGGCUGCGGGGUUUGUGAUCGGGUCGUCUGGGGCUGCUGCGCGGCAGAUCGGGCACGUUACGGGCGCGAUCGUGCAGUCGUGGACUGAGGGCGCGAGCGGGAUUGAUGGGAUGGAGGGAGAGGAGAUCCGACGAUUCAGGAUCCAGGGGAAGAAGGAGAAGGUGGAAAGGGUGAUUAAUCUGAUCCAUGACGCGGUUGAUAAGUAUAAAGAGCUCUGUGAACGGAAGAGGGAGGGGCAGUUUGUUCUGAGGGAGCAUAGGAUAGAUGGGGUGGAUUUCCAGUACCAGCCGCCGCCGAGAAAGGCGCUGCAGAAUAGGGGCAUGCCUGGGGGCGGCGGGGGCGGGGGAGGCGGAGGUGGGGCUUCUCGGAGUCCCCCAGAGGGUGGUGGCGGCGGAGGGGGGAUGGGGAUGGGCAUGGGCAGAGGAGGGGGAGGGGGGAGAGGAAUUGAGGGAGCUGAUAUGCGGGCGCAGCUGCUGGCGAGUGUGAUGGAGGGGCGAAUGAUGGGCCGGCGUGGGCCGAUGGGGGGAGGAGGGAUGGGAGUUGAAGAGGCGGCUUUGAUGGAGCUGAAGCAGCAGAUGUACUACGAGCGGCUGGAGGAGAGGACGUUGUUCCUGCUGUGGCAGCUGCAGCAGCAGAAGCUGCAAGCAGAGCGGCAGCAGCAGGAGCAACUUCAUCACCACCAGCAGCAGCAGCAGCAACAGCAGCAGCAGCAGUUGAAUCAGCAGCAACAGAUCUGGCAGAGCCUGAGGCUGAGAGGAGAGGCGGAGGCGUUUCGGGAAGGUUCAGUGAGCAACAGCUUUGGCAUGGGCACGGGUAUGGGCCUGGGCACGGGCAUGGGCAUGGGCAUGGGGAGUGGGGGAGGCAUGGGUGGAAUGGGUGGGGCGACUAUGGGGCAAAUGGGGCCGGUGGCAGGGGGGGUGGUCGGGUCUAGCAUGGGGGCGGGGAAUAGCAUGGAGCAGGGGAUGGGCGGGGGGGUGGGAUUCGGUAUUCCAGGCGGAGGGAGAGGGAGGUGGGAUGACCUGGGCCGGUUGGGGGGUGAAGAGGAGGCGAGGGGAUUUAGGGAAGGAGGGAGGGGCCAGGGAGAGGAGGACUUGCAGGCGGUUGCUGUGAGGGAGGCUAUGAGGGAGAAAGUAAGGAAGGCUAUUGAGCAGCGGAUGGGUGGAGGGGAUUCGAAUGCUGCUGCUGCUGCAUCGGCUAGCAGUGGUGGUGGCGGUGGUGGUGGCGGUGGCAGUGGUGGUGGGGGCGGUGGGCAAAUGGGGCAGUGGGCACGCAGCAUGCUUGAGCAAGAAUUGUUGGAGAACUGGCUGGAGCAACAGCAGCAGCAGCAGCACCAGCAGCAGCAGCACCAGCAGCAACAGCAAUUGCAGCAGCUACAGCACCAACAGCAUCAACACCAGCAGCAGCAGCUGCAGCAGCAGCAGCAGCGCGUCUCACCUCUUCCAAACCACGCCGGUGGGAGGAACGACAUCCCCCACCACCAUCACCUGCACCAGUUCCCCAUGCCUCCGUCCCACCCGUCCCAUCCCUCCGCCCACCCACCUUUGGGCCUCUCCAUGCCGCCACCUGUGCCAAGCAUGGCUGCUGGCAAUGCUGCAGGCAGGGCGCUUCAUAGUGUUGCUCCGUUCCAAAACAGGCACCUGUCCCUUGAAAGCAUCAUGUCAGCAGCAACGCCCGCCACCUCUUCUGCCCCACCUCUUUCUCUCCCAGUCAACCCAUCUUUCCUUGACGGGUCAGCAGCACAGCUAAACUGCCCCUGCCGCCCCUCCUCUGUGUGGUCUGGAGCAGCACAGGCAGCUUCUGCCUUGCCACCAUGCCGUGCUGUGCCAGAACCCCCCCACUCUCGCUUUGCAUUCGCCAGUGGCGCUCCCAACCUGUCCGCCCCCUUAUCCCUCUCCCUCGCCGCUGCCCAUCCACACUCACAGUCACACUCACUCAUGAUUCAUGGGGCUGCUUUUCCAGGGGGGGUAGGGGGAGGCGGAGGCGGAGGGGGGAGAGGAGGCGGAGGGGGAGGCGGAGGAGGAGGGGGCGGACCAGGGGGACGUGGAGCAGGGGAAGGCAGCAUGAGGUCUGUGCCUGAUGGUAUGGGGAGUGGGUUCCAGGCGCCCGGAUCCAUGGCUGCUCCGUCUGCCUCCGCGUUUGCAACAGCAGAACGUGCGGCUGCUGCUGCUGCUGCUGCUGCUGCUGCUGCUGCUGCUGCUGGGCCUGCCGUGUCUUCUGCCAUGCCUCCUGGUGCUACCUCUGGUGCUGCAUCUGCUGCGGCAGCAGGUGCGCAUGGUGCAUGGACGAGUGCCAGCUGGCAGCACAUGGGGGGAGGAGGUGGGGGAGAGGCGCACCGAUUGCAAUGA